UCCGAACGCAACCUACUAAACUAUAUUCCAACAUUGACGGCUGACGUUUCCAAUUGCAAAUUCAUAUCCAAUGCCUUCCAGUUCUGUCUAUCUGACAGCGGUUUGCUUCCAAUGCUGGCCAUUCUAGUGCUGCCACAAUCCAACACUUGUGUGACUUUUGUUGUUUUCCCGCCACUUGUUUGGUUGUUAUGUCAAAUUUUACCGCGUAUUUUGCAACUGAGUGGAGUGUUUUGGUUCGGUGAAAUAGAUCUCAAUUUUUAAUUGCACGUAUGCGUCUACAUUAGUCCAAUUAUGUCAGAAUCAAGUUACGAGCAACGUUCAAAACGGCAACGAAUUGAUAAAGGCGGACGCUUUGCUGCGCUGCAGAAACUAAAGGAGCUGAAAGGGCAGAAAAAUAAAUGUAGCGUAAGCGAAGAAGUGGACAAUGUUUACGAUAUCGUUGACGAGGUGGAGUUUACGAAAAGGGCGAGGGAGAAGUACGGAGCCGAUUGGAUUGAAGACGAUGGAACAGGAUAUGUUGAGGAUGGUCGUGAUAUUUUUGAGGACGAUGAGUACUACUCUGGGGAAGAAGACAACCACAGAGGAGGAAGCGUGAAAAAGGGCAAGAAAAGGCCACGUGAGGCGGACAAGCCGGCGAAGGGUAAAGGUUCUAUAAAGAGCCUUCUCAGCAAUGUAGCUGUGAAACGGAAGAAAGAAGCCCCUGUGAAGCUGGAAGAGGACGACAUCCUCGCCGAUGUUUUGGGAGAUCUGGACACUGCGAAAAACAAGACGAGCACAGACUUAUCAACGGCUUCGACCAAUUCAGAAGCCAGAAUAAAAGUAAAAGAAAAAAGUGAAGAUGCGAUCGUCAAGGAUUACAUGCAAAGCUUCCUGAAUAGUCUUAAGAAGCGAGAGGAACCCAAGAAAAGUAAAUCUGAUCCUACAGACGAUGAGAUUAUCAAUCGUGUCCUUAAGCCUGAAAACAAGAUCCAAUCGACAGAGACGACGAAAAAUAUUGAGCCCGAAGAGUCAGAAGCUGCGAAAGCACCAAUUAAGGAAGCGAAGAAAGAAAACGGUGAAUCGAAAACGUCCACACCACCUAGUGUCACCACAAACGGGCAAUCCCACGCGGACGAUUAUGUAGACAACAUGGAUUUCAGUAUUCUGGACGAUGAUGAAAAUCAGUUUGUCGAGGAAAAGGUUGAAAUUGAAAAACCUGCAAAGACUACUGCUCAGACAGUCCAGAAAAUAGAAAAACCAACUGCAAAGCCCACUUCAGCUGCGACCGAGGCUGAUUUCAAACAUCUUCUCGAUAACUGGGAGAAUAUUUGCAACAUGGAUAACUUUGAGGAAGAAAUGAACGCUGAAACACAGACGGAGACCAUUUCAAACGGAGACGGGUUGAAAAUGUGGUACUGGGAUGCAUGGGAAGAUCCAUUCAAGCGUCCUGGUCAGGUAUUUUUGUUCGGGAAGGUGGGCAAUGCGAAGGAGAACAAAUCAGUUUGUGUGCAUGUGGAGAAUGUGGAUCGAUGUCUCUAUUUAUUGCCGAGAGAAUAUAUCUUGGAUGUGAAAACUAAUAAACUUACGAAACAGAAAGUCACGUUCAUGGAUGUCUACAAAGAAUUCACUGAAGUCAUAUCGACUGAGCUGGGAUUAAGCAGUUUUAGAUCGAAGAGGGUCACGAAACACUUUGCGUUUCAAGUUCCUGGCGUUGAUGUGCCGCAGUCUUGUGAAUAUAUGGAGGUUCGCUACGAAGGAAAAUUCCCAACUCCUUACUUCAAAAAAGUCUACAGUUCGAUAGCCUACAUUUUCGGAACAAAUACUUCAGCUCUCGAAACAUUCCUCUUGGAGCGCAAAAUCAAAGGUCCAUGUUGGCUGAAUAUUCAAGAAUUCGUAGUAGCCGAGCAGAAACGUCUAAGCUGGUGUAAAUUUGAAGCAGUUUGCUCUAAUAUCAACAAAAUCCACGUAGUCGAUGAUCGUAAAACUCCUCCACCUCCAAUGGUUGUCUUAACUACCAACAUCCGUUCGGCACUCAACCCGAAAACAAUGAAAAACGAAAUCGUUAUGAUUUCCUGUUUAGUGAACAAUAAAUUCUUUGUUGAUAAACCGCCCCCGAACCCACCGUUCAAUCGGCAUUUCUGUGGUUUUACGCGUCCUCAAACGCAAGCCUGGCCGCUGGAUAUAAAUCAGAAGCUAAACCAAUAUAAGUCGACGAAAACUACAAAACAUGACUCGGAAAGAGCCUUGCUCAGUUGGUUCCUAGCUACAUAUCAGAAUAUCGAUCCCGAUCUUAUAGUUACGCACGAUGCGCAUGAUUGUCAAUUGGACAUCAUUUGUGACCGCAUUGGUUUUGCGAAAAUUCCAGAAGGUUCACGGCUGGGACGAUUAAAAAUGUCGCAGAUUGUAGGCAAGAAACUAAAAGAUUUAUUCGCUGGGCGGUUGAUUUGCGACGUGAAACAAUCGGCCGAAGAGCUAAUUAAAUCGAGAAGCUAUGACUUGGAAACGUUGUGUGUGAAUAUCCUGAAGAUAAGGGAAGAGGACUGCGUGGACGUGUCGAACAAUGAUUUAUAUUCAAUGUACGAAAGCGGCGAAGGGGUAAUGAAAUUGAUUACGUUGACCAUGCAAGAUUGCUCUUACAUUUUAAGAAUAAUGUGUGAAUUGAAUGUGAUUCCCUUGGCACUGCAAAUCACUAAUGUUUGUGGAAACCUGAUGUCUCGAACAUUGCAAGGAGGGCGGUCAGAACGUAAUGAAUUUCUGCUCCUGCAUGCUUUCACUGAAAAGCAGUAUAUUGUGCCCGAUAAGAAGCAACGCGAAGGUCGUUGGGAUCAGGGAGAUACUUCGGCUCAAACAGCCACUAGUCGUAAGAAGGCCGCCUAUUCAGGUGGCCUCGUACUUGAUCCGAUUAAAGGGUUCUAUGAUAAGCUGAUCUUACUCAUGGACUUCAAUUCGCUAUAUCCGAGUAUCAUUCAAGAGUACAACAUAUGUUUUACCACGGUUGAACCUCCUGAGAAGGAGGAUGACAUAGCAACGGUUCCGGAUUCUGGUGCAGAACAAGGAGUGCUACCGCGCCAGAUUCGUCGGUUAGUGGAGAGUCGGCGUGAAGUCAAAAAACUUAUGGCGAACCCUGAUUUGGAUCCGGACUUGAAGAUGCAAUACAAUAUUCGGCAGCUUGCUCUGAAACUGACUGCGAAUUCUAUGUAUGGUUGCUUGGGUUUCUCGAACUCUCGUUUCUUCGCACAACAUCUCGCUGCUUUGGUAACUUUCAAAGGUCGCGAGAUUUUAAUGAACACGAAAAGUCUUGUGCAGAAAUUGAACUAUGAAGUAAUCUACGGAGACACAGACAGUUUAAUGAUAAAUACAAAUAUAUUGGACUAUGAUCAAGUAUUCAAAAUUGGUCACAGCAUCAAGCAAAGUGUGAAUAAGAUCUACAAGCAAAUCGAAUUGGACAUUGACGGGGUGUUCAAAUAUCUGCUCCUAUUGAAGAAGAAGAAAUACGCAGCGGUUACCAUGGCGAAGAACAAGAAAGGAGAUAUUGAAUUGAAACAAGAGCACAAAGGUCUGGACAUUGUCCGUCGUGAUUGGUCUCAGAUUGCAGUUAUGGCUGGAAAAACUGUUCUCGAUGAAAUUCUUUCUGAUAAUCAACUCGACGAGAAAAUCGAAAAUAUCCAUGCACGUUUGGAAAAGUUCAAAGAAGACAUUGUUAACGAUGCGGUUCCUUUGCCGCUUCUUAUCAUCACGAAACAACUGACAAAAAAUCCAAGAGACUACACAAACAUUCAAAGUUUCCCACAUGUCCAUGUCGCACUUCGAAUGAAUAGCACACGAAAUAAGCGCUACAAAAGGGGCGAUGUGGUGAGUUAUAUAAUUUGCGAUGAUGGUACAAAUAACGCGCCAAUGCAACGGGCAUACCAUUUGGAUGAGCUGAAAACAGAGGAGAAGUUAAAGGUGGAUACGGUGUACUAUUUGGCACAACAAAUUCAUCCGGUUGUUUCGCGGUUAUGCGAACCUUUGGAGGGAACCGAUGCAAGUCGAAUAGCUGCAUGUCUUGGACUGGAUGCAAGCAAAUAUAAAGCGGCAGCUCAGAGGGUUCAUCGUGAGCGAAUGGAAGAGGGGGAUGGUGUUUCUAUCGCCAAACCUGUCGUUCAGAAAUAUCGACACUGCGAAAAGUUCAAAUUCACUUGUAUUUCCUGCAAAACAGAAAACGUCCUUGCCUCUGCCUUUAAACCGGUUAAUUCAAAAUACGUAGCCGUGCUAGAAACAUGCACAAACAAGGAAUGCACUGUUCCACCAUACCAGUAUGCUCCUUCGAUUAGAAAUGAGCUCGUAUUAAGUAUACGUCGAUACAUAAGGCGAUUCUACGACAACUGGAUGGUGUGCGAUGAUCCAUCGUGCAAUGCAAACACAAGGAUAUAUUCGCAUGUCAUGAAAAACAACCGGCCCACAUGCUUUGCUUGCAAGAAAGGGAAUCUGAUCAAGCAAUACACAGAGAGGGAUCUAUUCACGCAACUAAACUAUUUCCAAUACGUGUUUGAUCUAUCAAAACAUGAAAACAAAAGUGCGAAUCUUUCCGCGGAUGCCGAGGGAGCCUAUAAUUUCCUGAAGGAGACGGUCGAUCAGUUUUUGGAGAAUUCCGCUUUCUGCACAAUCAGUUUAUCGAAAUUGUUCUCGAAUUUGAAUGUCUCAAAAGCGGUUCCAUUAUUACCAAAUGUCUUAAGUCAAUUUGUUUAGAUUGUAACGUACGAGGUUGAAUAGAUUAGUUUACUUUUAUGAACUUUUAUGAGAUGGGAUUCGUCUGGACUGAAUUGCAUUUCUUACGCUUAGUUUCGAGGAAAAUACAUUUUUAUUUAAAGUCAA